AUGGAUUCCGGCGGUAUCAAACAUCACUGGAACAACUACAGCUUUACAUCUCCCAAACUCUUAACGUUAGCUCGUGGUUUAACGCCGUGCAUUAUAAGGGUUGGUGGAACAGAUGCUGAUUACGUCAUCUUUACGAGAAAUAACACCGAACAAUCAUCAAGCAAGCAGAAUUAUGGCGAUCAUUACAACUUUACUAUGUCUGCCGGUGACUGGGAUAAAAUUAACAUCUUCGCAAAUAGCACUGGUUGGGAUUUGAUAUUUGAUCUGAACAUAGCUCCACGCGUUAAUGGUCAGUGGGAUACGACCAACGCCAUGGAACUGCUCAAGUAUACAGCGGAAAAGGGAUACAAAUUGUAUGGAUUUGAAUUGGGAAAUGAACUAAACAUUUCUCCACAGUUUCACGUCAAUGCCCAACAAUCUGCUGUGGAUUUUCUUAGUUUGAGGAAGAUACUGAAGUCUAUUCCUAGCUUGUCGUCAUCUCUCGUCAUCGGACCUGAUGUGGCUGGGUUAGUCGUGAGUUUUACGGACGAGUUUCUUGAAGCUGGUGGAGUAAUCGCAGUAGAUGUCGUUACGUUUCAUCACUACUACAUGGGUGGAUCGGCAGCAACCGUUGAUAAAUUCAAAGAUCCGUCGAUACUCGAUUCAUUGGCACCACAGAUUAUAGAAUCAGUAGCAGCGAUUGGUAAAACCGCACCCGGUAAACCUGUGUGGCUGGGCGAAACAUCCACAACAUGGAGCGCCGGACCAGAUAAUAUCGGCUCUGCAUAUGUGGCCAGUUUUAUGUGGUUGGACAAAUUGGGCGUCUGUGCUCGUUAUGGUGUUAAGGGAGUCUUAAGGCAAACUUUUAGUGGCAACGGCGCAUUGCUUGGUCCAUCUGACUUUGAUCCCAAUACUGAUUACUGGAUAUCUGUGUUGUACAAAAGGCUGGUUGGUGGUAACGUGUUUAACGUAACGCAGAGCUCAGAUCGUAAUAUUAGAAUGUACGCCCAUUGUACAAAAAUUCCCAGCACGAUGGGGUAUGAGAGAGGAAGUGUAACUGUUUAUAUCUUAAAUCUCGGAAGUGACGCAGUAACUCUGGAUAUUACUGUAUAA